AUGGCUGAAGAGUCCAACUCCAGCAACAAACUUGCUCAGAUCGAGCAAGUUGUGACUGCAGCCUUGCGGCCUUUGCCCACUCAAACCGGCGAUGGCAGCUAUGUACAAGAGCCAACUGUGACGGGUCUUGCUAAGGAUCUCCUCCAUUUUGACCUGAAAGAUGCCAAGACUUUGGCGGAGGUUGCCAAAACUGCCGUUACUGGCGAGGCUGUCAACGACAGAGAUUAUGUGAUGGAGCGCGUGAUUCAGCUUGCCGCUGGCUUGCCCUCGACAUCUCGAAAUGGCAAGGAGCUGACCAAUACUUUCCUCACUCAAUUGUGGGGUGAUCUGGAGCACCCGCCUAUCUCCUAUCUUGGGCGCGAUGCGGCAUACCGGAAGGCUGAUGGAUCUGGAAACAACACUUUUUGGCCUCAGAUUGGUGCUGCUGGCACUUCAUAUGCACGCUCUGUUCGCCCGAAGACUAUGCAGCCUGCUGCUCUUCCAGAGCCAGAGGCUCUUUUCGAUAGUCUUUUGGCGCGAAAGGAUUUCAAGGAACACCCGAACAAGAUUUCAAGCGUGUUAUUCUAUCUUGCCUCUAUCAUCAUCCACGACUUGUUCCAAACGGAUCCCAGGGACCAAACAAAGUCAUUGACAUCCUCGUACUUGGAUUUGUCUCCGCUUUAUGGUAACAACCAGAAAGAACAGGAUACAGUCAGAACAUUCAAGGAUGGAAAGUUGAAGCCUGACUGCUUUUCCACCAAGCGGGUCUUGGGAUUUCCCCCGGGCGUUGGCGUCCUUCUCAUCAUGUUCAACCGUUUCCACAACUCGGUUGUCACCCAAUUGGCAGCUAUAAAUGAAGGUGGCCGUUUCACGAAACCGGAUGAGUCAAAAGCCCAAGCUUAUGCCACCUGGGAUAAUGACCUCUUCCAGACCGCAAGACUGGUCACUUGUGGUCUUUAUGUUAACAUCAUUCUAAAGGACUAUGUCCGGACUAUCCUUAACAUCAACCGAACUGACAGUGUGUGGAGUUUGGAUCCCCGUGCCGAGAUAAAGGAUGGCUUACUCGGCAAGGCACCUGCCCAGGCUACCGGAAACCAACUUUCCGCCGAGUUCAAUCUUGUUUAUCGCUGGCAUUCUUGUGUCUCAGCUCGGGACGAAAAAUGGUCGGAGGAUCUGUAUAAAGAGCUAUUUAAUGGACAGGAUCCGAAGCAGCUUAGCCUGCAGGAUUUCACAGGGGGUCUUCGCCAAUGGGAAUCAAAACUCCCAGCAGAUCCCCAAGAGCGUCCUUUCGCUAAAUUGCAACGCCAAGCAGAUGGAAAAUUCGACGAUAAUGAUUUAGUCAAGAUCUUUGAGGAGGGUGUCGAAGAUCCUGCUGGAGCUUUCGGUGCUUUGAAUGUGCCGGAUGUCUUCAGAGGCAUCGAGGUUCUCGGCAUCAAGCAGGCACGCUCUUGGAAUCUGGCUACCUUGAAUGAAUUCCGUCAGUACUUUGGUUUGGCUUCGUAUCAAACCUUCGAAGAGAUCAACUCAGACCCAUACGUCGCGGACCAGCUUAAGCAUUUCUAUGACCACCCCGACCUUGUUGAGUUGUACCCUGGUCUCAUUCUCGAAGAGGCUAAGCAGGCUAUGACCCCGGGUAGCGGUCUUUGCACCAAUUUCACGACCUCGAGGGCUAUUCUCUCAGACGCAGUUGCUUUGGUUCGUGGUGAUCGCUUCUAUACUGUCGACUUCACACCCAAGCAUCUUACAAACUGGGCAUUCAAUGAGAUCAACAAUGAUGUCUCUGUUGAUGGUGGUCAGGUCUUCUAUAAACUGGUCCUGAAGGCCUUCCCCAAUCAUUUCCGCGGUGACUCGGUUUACGCACACUUCCCGAUGGUUGUUCCCGACGAGAACAAGAAGAUCCUGACCAGUCUUGGUAAGGCUAAAACCUAUAGCUUUGACCGACCAUUUUAUAAAGCCCCGGCCCUCUUCAUCAAUUCCCACUCUGCUUGCGAAAAGAUCUUGAAAGACCAAGAAGGGUUCAAGGUAGUGUGGGGUGAAAAGAUCCAAUUUUUGAUGGAGAAUAGCGGCCGUCCUUAUGGCCGAGACUUCGCCUUGUCGGGUGAUCUUCCUGCCAACGCAGCUUCUCGAAAAAUGCUCGGUGCUGCUCUGCACCGUGACAAGUGGGAAUCGGAAGUGAAGGCCUUCUAUGAGGAUAUUACUCUGAAACUCCUCGAGCGAAACUCAUACAAGGUUGCUGGCGUCAAUCAGGUCGACAUCGUUCGUGAUGUUGCUGUCCUCGCUCAAGUUCACUUCUGUGCCAACGUCUUCUCCCUGUCUCUCAAGACAGAGUCAAACCCAAGAGGUGUGUUCAGCGAGCAGGAGUUGUACCAGAUUCUGGCCGUGAUCUUCGCUUCCAUUUUCUACGAUGUUGACGUAUCCAAGUCUUUCCAACUUUGCCAGACUGCUCGUAAUGUUGCACAGCAGCUGGGCGAGUUGACACUAGCUAACGUUGAACUCGUUGCUAAGACUGGAUUCAUUUCCAACUUGGUCAACCGGCUACACCGCCAUGACAUUUUGAGUGAAUAUGGCGUCCACAUGAUCCAACGUUUACUCGACAGUAAGUUGCCGGUCAAGGACGUUGUGUGGUCGCACAUUCUUCCCACGGCCGGUGCAUUGGUUGCCAACCAGGGCCAACUUUUCUCCCAAUGUAUCGACUACUACCUCUCCGAAGAAGCGGCGGAGCAUCUAGUUGAGAUCCAGCGCUUGUCCAGGGAGGAUACUCCUGAGGCCGAUGAGCUUCUUGUGCGAUACUUCAUGGAAGGAGCGAGACUCCGAUGCUCGGUAGCAUUGCCACGCUUCGUCACUAAACCAACGGUGGUCGAAGAUAACGGCGAGAAGGUCACUUUGAAAGCUGGCCAGGAGAUCAUUUGUAACUUGGUUGUUGCAGGCCGCGAUCCUGUUGCGUUCCCUGAUCCAGACAAGGUCCGUCUUGACCGUGAUAUGAGCCUGUACACUCACUUCGGUUUCGGUCCUCAUGAAUGCCUGGGCGUCAAAAUGUGCCCUCUUGCACUUUCCACUAUGCUCAAGGUGCUUGGGCGACUGGAUAAUGUCCGUCGCGCCCCUGGAGCCCAAGGCCAUCUGAAGAGGCUUAAUGGACUGGGAGGGAUCGCCAUGUAUAUGGAUGCCGAGCAAAGUAGCUUCUCUCCGUUCCCCACGACUAUGAAAAUCCAGUGGGACGGAGACCUGCCUGCCAGGAGGGAGUAA